AAAGGGUCGAGCGGGGCGGCCGCCGCUUACUGGUGCGAGGAAGAGGAAACGGCGCCUCUGACCUCUGCUUAAUUUUCCCGAUAACCUCUCGCCCCCCUUGUUUCGGUUUGGGUUUGGCAAUCACAAAAUCCUUCCCCCUCUUCUCCGCGCCGCUACCAAACCGAACCUCUACCGCAAACCCGCAAUGGAGCUGUCCUACCUUCGCCGAGCAGCCGACGAUGACGUCGAAUCCGGCCGUCUCCGCCGCUUCCCCGACCUUCCGCCGCCGCCGCUGCCGCACAGCGACGCCAAUGCAUCCCUGAUCGACGCCGCGCUGGCGAUGAGGAGGGAGGAGCUGCUGUGGGAGCUCAACGAGGCGCGCAUCCGCCAUGGAACGAUCUUGCGCGAGCUCGCCGAGACGGAGCACGCCAUGGGCUUGACCGCCGCCAGCCACAAUCCUGUGCCGGCGCUCCCGUCGUCGCAGGACUACUGGCGUUGCAGGACGCCGUCGGUGCCUGCGUUGGAGGAGGAGCCUCCUCUCCGCACGCCAUGCUCAAGCGCCGAGCAUCCUCCUCGCGGCUGCAGGGGCCCUGCGGCGGUGAGAGCGCCACCGGUGUACCCGCACGUGGAGUGGUCGCCGUCACCGGUGCCGCAGGCACAGCCGGCCAGUGACGCUGAAAAGCAGCAAGAUUUGAGAUCACCUGGGGCCAGGAUGAAUCCAUUUGGUCGCAAUGUAGAACCGUGUCGAUUGCCGGACAAGCAGACUCUGGCAGAAGAGGCCUCUGUCUCUGUGCCACUGGUGGCUAAUGCUGAGGCCAGACCUAUGCUGCAUGAGGUCACACCAGGACACAACGAUGCUGCUGGUGGAAGACACAAGGAUAGUGUGAAGGAUGGCGAUGACAUGCACCCGUUGUAUGAAAGUGGAAACCAGAGCAAUGUGCAGAGGAGAACUGCAGAAACCACUCAGGUGGAUGAGGUCAAUGGAGCAAUGCUGCAGCCUGGUCAGUACAGGAUGGUAGCUCAGUAUAAGGAGCGAGAGUUCAUUGCGCCAAUACCUGAGCAGCGACAGCUGGGCAAUGGCGUUGAGCAGCAGCAGGAGUGCAGGUCACCUGGGGCGGGAGCAAGAGCCAAAGCCGAGGAAGCAACAUCAGGACACCAACAGGCCUUUGGUGGAGAACAUAAGGCCGAUGUGGAGGAUGGACAUGGCGUGCAGCCAUUGGGUGAAAUCAGGAACCAGAGUAGUGGGCAGAGGAAGGUUGCGCAUUCUGCCAUGGAGGGUUGGAGCAAUAAACCUGCCCGACUGCCUGGUCAGCAGCACAGGCCGGCAAGUCUGGACAAUGCAGCUUACAAUGAGCAGAAGAAGGUAGAGUUCAGUGAGCCGAAACCUGAGCAGCGACAGCUGGGCAAUGGCAUUGAGCAGCAGCAGGAGUGCAGGUCACCUGGGGCGGGAGCAAGAGCGCAUUUGUUUAACAGCAAUGUGAAACUUUGCCUAUCACCAAGGAAACGGUCUCCGCUGGAAGAUACCUUGGUUCCAGUGGCAGCCAAAGCCGAUGAAGCGGCAUCAGGACACCAACAUGCCUUUGGUGGGGAACCUAAGGCCAAUGUGGAGGAUGGACAUGGCAUGCAGCCAUUGGGAGAAAUCAGGAACCAGAGUAGUGGGCAGAGGAAGGAUGCACAGUCUGCCAUGGAGGGUCGGAGCGAUAAAUCCGCUCAACUGCCUGGUCAGGACAGGCUGGUAGGUCUGGAGAACGCAGCUUACACUGAGCAGAAGAAGGCAGAGUUCGGUGAGCCUGCACAUGAAGGAACAUCCGCCGGGGUGAAGAGAAAGCUGAAUGCGGCAAGUACACCAGUCAAGAAGAAGCUCGGGAAACAUAGCUGCGCCAUCUGCCAUGUGAACACGUCCAGUCCGCGCCACCUGGAGGAGCACCUGGCCGGCAGGAUGCACCAGUACACCGUCACCGCACUGCAGGCAUCGAGGAGCGACGCCACCGCGCCCAGCACGGAACUGACGCCGGAUGGCAAUGGCAAGGAGAACGCGGCAGGGAGCGGUGGGCCGCAGCAGGGACAGGGAGGGAAGCCGCCGCACCGCCAGGAUGCUGCCGGCUCGGGGAAGAAGGCGAGCUGGAAGACGAACCCCGAGCUGUACUGCAAGCUCUGCGACCUGCAGUGCAGCAGCGAGAUCAUGCUGGCGCACCACCUCGGGGGGAAGAAGCACAGCCAGAGGUGCCCGGACGGGAGCGCCACCUGAGAUUAGGGGCCGCGGCUGCAGUUGGUUCGCUGUUCUUGGUUCGCGGGGGAAGAAGCUGUGUGGCAAGACGUAGUUUCUGGGUAUCUCUGGCUUGGCUUGCGGCUGCAGGGUUUCUCGGGGGAAGAAGCUGUGUGGCAAGACGUAGUUUCUGGGUAUCUCUGGCUUGGCUUGCGGCUGCAGGGUUUCUUUUGCUUUUGCCGUGCAUUUUGUGGCUAACGAGGAUCUCUAGUGUCUAAAGUAGGUGACGCCGCUAGGUUAACUUAAACCGGGUCCUAGUGCACUUUUAAUUUGUUAUUUCUCACGUUGGUAACUUUGCGAUAGUGUUCUGCUUGUUAAGGACGUUGUGCGUCGUUGUUGA